CCAGCCAAUGGGCGGCGGGGGCGGCGCUCAGCCCUGUCCCGGGCCGUCCGCCCGCAGCCGGUCCCUCGGUCCGCCUGUCCCGCGCCGGGUCCCUCGGUCCCCGCCAUGAGCUCCACGCAGUUCAAUAAGGGCCCAUCCUACGGGCUCUCGGCCGAGGUCAGGAACCGGCUCCUGUCCAAGUAUGACCCCCAGAAGGAAGCCGAACUCCGCAGCUGGAUUGAGGGGCUCACAGGCCUGUCCAUUGGCCCUGACUUCCAGAAGGGUCUGAAAGAUGGUGUCAUCCUAUGCACACUCAUGAACAAGCUGCAGCCGGGCUCAGUCCCCAAGAUCAACCGCUCUAUGCAGAACUGGCACCAGCUAGAAAACCUCUCCAACUUCAUCAAGGCCAUGGUCAGCUAUGGCAUGAACCCUGUGGACCUGUUUGAGGCCAACGACCUAUUUGAGAGUGGGAAUAUGACACAGGUGCAAGUCUCUCUGCUUGCUCUGGCAGGAAAGGCCAAGACCAAGGGGCUGCAGAGUGGUGUGGACAUUGGGGUCAAAUACUCAGAGAAACAAGAAAGGAACUUUGAUGAUGCCACCAUGAAGGCCGGCCAGUGUGUCAUUGGCCUGCAGAUGGGCACCAAUAAAUGUGCCAGCCAGUCUGGCAUGACGGCUUACGGUACCAGACGACAUCUCUACGAUCCCAAGAAUCACAUCCUGCCUCCCAUGGACCACUGCACCAUUAGCCUCCAGAUGGGCACCAACAAGUGUGCCAGCCAGGUGGGCAUGACAGCUCCAGGAACCCGAAGGCAUAUCUACGACACCAAGCUGGGUACCGACAAGUGCGACAACUCUUCCAUGUCCCUGCAGAUGGGCUACACACAGGGUGCCAACCAGAGUGGCCAGGUCUUUGGGCUGGGGCGGCAGAUAUAUGACCCCAAGUAUUGCCCACAGGGCCCACCAGCCGAUGGGGUACUGGUCGAGGGUGAUGGUCAUGGCGAGGGCCCUGAGUACCUGACCUACUGCCAGUAGGAGGCGGGCUACUGAGUAUCCAAGGGUGCUGGCUCCCCACAUCAGCAUCCCUGUGUGGGUUUGGGGUUUUAUUUUUUCUUCUGUGUUCUCAUUGUGUUGUUUUGUUUCUUGAAAUUGGGCCUCACUUUGUAGCCCUCUCUGGCCUGAAACUCACAGCUUCCUGAGGGCUGGGAGGACAGGCCUUUGCUAGCUACGCUCCUUCUUCUACCAUCAUGCCUUGCUUCCUUCCCAGGACUGACCCACAGGCAGGGAACAUGGGGGCCCUUGGUGGGGUAGUCAGGCCGUGGAUUUCCUAGCAGGCUGUGGGAGAAGCUGGCCCCAAAGGGUUUUCCGUUUCUUCAUCUCUUCAGUUUGUGGUUUGUGAACCCAUGGAAAUUGCAGGCAUUUUUGAUGACAGAAAACAGUAUGGGGGGGUGCAUUUGAUUUCCCAAGACCCUCAGACCUCACCCUCCCUUGCCCAGCAGGGAAACAGGCCUGGGACUGAGGGAGGUGUUACCCACACCUGCUGCCCUCCCUUUCCUCUGGGUUUCCAUCUUGAUCCUCCUCCUGAGCAGGUCUGAUUAGCUGAGCCCUCCUCCUGCAGAAGCGUGGCACAUGACCCACAGGCGCCCUGCACUGCCAGAUAAUGUGAAUACCUGUGUGGACCAGAACUAAUAAAGCCUCUGUCUCU